AAUCCUGUUUCGUUUUUUUUGUUUUUUACAAAAAAGAGGCGGAUGUAUUUAUUUUCAUGUAUAUAUUUAGUGUGACAAAUUGUGUGUUCAGUUGAAGCGUUCAGAUUGACAACCUUUUCAAACAUUCUGUGUGGAUGUAGAAUGGCAAAAAACUAUGGAUCACUUGUCAAGGAGGCCAUUGUGCUGCUCGACAAGUACACCGCUAGCAAACACACCACAGAAGACUUUACUGAAGAUGCUACCAAAAAUCUGCAGGGUCUGGAGGCUAAGGAUAAGGAGUUCCUGAUUGUUGUGGUCUCAGGAUGUAUUGAGCAUAAAAAAUUAUUGGACAUAGUCAUCGACCCCUUCUAUGCCCACAAUCCAAAACACAUACCUAAACAACAUCGCAGCCAACUUACAGUGAUCUGCUCCCUCACCAUAUUUCACCUUGAUGACCUCGGACUUCAGGUUUACAGCAACAUUGUCAGCUGCCUGGACUUUAGGAGCAUGCACACUUUCCUCAGGUUCUUCUUUGAACACCUCACCACUUGGAUACAAGAUGAGUGGACUUGCAUGUACAAUGCUGAAUAUGUGAUGGCGCACUGGAUUGAUCCUCUGCUAAGAAGGCGCUCUAAAAUUGAGACACUCUUGGAGAAGCUUGAAGCUAGAGAGAGGGGAGAGAGGGCUUCACCCAAAACUACAGAGCCAGUGGAAUUCUCUUUUUCAAAACGUAAACCACAUUCUCCACCUCAGCCUACACUCAGCCCACCACCGGAAAAACACAGAGCAGUACCAAACAGCACAUACAAGAUUGGAAAAGAUGUACAAAUAUUAGAAGAGAACAAGCAAAGGAACCAUCAAAUAAUGGAGGAUUUGCUGCAUGAGGCAACUACGACAUCAUUCAGAUGUGCAAAUCCCAAAAAAUCUGACCACCCAGAGAAAGUAAUAUCCCGGAUAAAAGAAGAGUUGGACUCAAAGCUCAAGUUCAAUUCAGAACACAGAUGUCAGCCUUCUCCUGUUAAGAAAAAGUGGCCAGUGAAACUCAACAGUGCCACCAUCCUGCGACAGAGGGCGCUAUAUGACCGCAAGGUGGAGGAGGAGCUCCAGAGAUUAGAAACGCUGGCGAAGGGAGCGCACGAGUCCUCUUCUUUUCAUCAAUGGCAAAAAGAAAUGGGUGAAAAAGACCAACAGGAACGGUUGGCAAAGAUUGACCAGAAACAUGCAGAAAUCCUGCUUGGACAAUAUGAGAAAUUUAUCAGCCGCACAAAAGCAGUAGAACUUAAAAAGAAGUCUGCUCGGCUCAAAAAAGAAGAGGCAUCUGAACUGACUCUGCAAAGGGUCCAAAGAAGGUUGCAGGAGGUAAAUGAAAAGAGAGACUUAGUGCAACAAGUAUCAGAGAACUGUAAAAAGAACCCCAAAGAAGCUAAAGAGAUGAUGAUGAAGUUCAAGCAGAGUGUUGCAAAAGACAUAACAGGGCACAGUCAAACGCUCCUCCUUCAAGCACAAGAAGAAGCCCGGGCAGAGCUCAACAGGAAAUUUCACACCAUAAGUGAACUCCAUACCAUUGAAUAUGUUCCUCUCAUUACGUUUAAAUAUUUUGAUGACACAGAGCAUGCGGGCCAUGAACUGCUAGAAGAGAUGUCCCACGUCGAGCUGAAGGAACGCCUGUUCUUCAUAAAGGAAGCAGAGAUGAACGAGCAGCAGAAGAAGCGAGAGUGUAUCCUGGAGGAAAAACAGAAAAAGAAGCAACUGUUGUUGGAUGUCGAGGACACCAUCAGCCUCCACAAUAAAGCCAGGGAAGCAGCUACUACCAUCAGAAAAGAGGAGGAGAAGGAAGUCAAGCUAAGAUUGCAGCAGACUCGAGAGGAGACGUUCUCGGCUCUGCGAAAAAAGUGUGAGGAGGUGAAACUUAGGUGCCACAAACUGAAGCAAAGUCAAUUGAACAAGACUAAAUGUUCAAAGCAGAAGAUAAGCUGGGAAGACAUGGAGCAGCGCUUAGAGCAGUAUGUCGAGAGGAAAGACCCUCAAAUUGUUUCUCAAAAGGGAAAAUUUAAGAAAUAAUGUUGAGUUUUAGGUUAAUCAUUUAGCAUUUAGCACAUAGCACAUUAAAAACCCCAGUUGGCCAAAGUCCGGUACAUUAUUUAAAAAUAAUGCAAAGCACUGUCACAUUUACAUUUCAACACAGCAGGAAGAAUAAAAUACUGCAAUAGCACUUAUAUUUUAAAGGAAAAUAGCGUAUAGUUCUAACUUAUAUCUGUCAGUAGACUCCAUAUGGAAGCGCUAAAAACUACAAUAUGGCUGACAGAGAGAAGAUGCGGUCAAAGUGGAGAGGCACGUAAAUAAGACCGCCCACAUACCGGUGCAGCCUGAAGAGACGGUCAGAAAGCGGCUUAAACACGGUCUGUAAAACAUAAUCAUGCAAACUUUUGACCAAAGAACCACCAUUACAUGUUAUGUAGACCACAAGGUAGUCUUAUCAAUGUAGAAAAGAAAUCAUAAUAUGACCCCUUUUAAAGAAGUGCGUAAAGAUAUCACAUACAAUUCUAAAAUAUAAUACAUGAAAUAAAAUGUACAAAAAUAUGAAAUAAACGACCAAGAUAUCCUGCCUAAUUGGAUUUGAAUGCCAUGGAGUAAAUAUGUUUUAGUCUAGAUUUAAACUGGCUCGGGGACUGGGAAGAUCCAAUAGGACAGUGAUUCUGAAACUGUGGUACACGAAUCACUAGUGGUAUGCAGGCUCAAUCUGGUGGUAUGCCAAAUAAGUCUGUAUAUAUGUACUCUAUAUGGAGUAUCAUUGUUGAGGAUAUGUGUGCAUUGUGUGUAUUGUUAUAGUGACCAAAAUAUUGAAUAUACUUGUUAAAUAAAAACUUUGCCUUGUUUUUAAUGGAUACUUAGGCGUACUACGCUACUACUGUAUUUCAAUGUUGGUCAUUAUCGUGGUACUUGGACAGCUAAUUGUUUUCUGAGGUGUCCUUGUGAAAACAGUUUGAGAACGACUGUAAUAGAAAAAUAAAGGCUAUUCAACAGUCUAGGCCAUGCUACUAAAAAGGCACUCUCUUCCCUGGUUUUGAGCCUAGGCCUAGGCCACCUCAUCGCAGGGACAACCAUUCACACUCACAUUCACACACUAGGUCCAAUUUGUUUAGUGUUGCCAAUUAGCCUAUCGCCAGGUGCAUGUCUUUAGUGGUGGGAGGAAGCCAGAGGACCCGAAGGGAACCCACACGGUCAUAGGGCGAACAUGCAAACUCCACACAGAAAGACAGAGCCCUGAAAUCGAACCCAGGACCUUCUUAUUGUGAGGCACGCGCACUAACAACUGCUCCACCGUGCUGACCACUUAAUAAAAUAAAAAAUUAUGAAAAUGCAACAUUUUAAAUCCGACUUUACCGGCUAAAAGUAUUGCCAAAACAAAUGAAUAGUGUCCAAAGCAGACCUAGAAAGACUCUUACAUGCCUUUGUCUCCAGUGUCCCUAGACUAUUGCUACUGUAAUGGUCUUCUCACACAUGAUUCUUGUCAAUCCACCUGGUGGAACAGCCCUCUAAAGUGUGAUUAUUCUUUUUCAAUUGCAGACUAAUGAACAGAUUUACUCUGAUGCAGGUCUUUGGAAAUGCUUUGGGGAUUCCAUAUUUUCUUAGAAUUGAGUGAAUCUAAAAGUUUUUGUUUCCGCUUGAUAUAAAAAUGAAACUGUUACUAUCACAACUUGAUACUUGAUUUGAUUGU